UUAAAACUUGCCCCUUUGUAAAAACAUCAUCUGUUUCUCAGCCCUCACAAAAGCAAAGGCAGAAGCAGAACAGCAAUGGCGGUACCAAAGGUAAAGUUGGGAAGGCAGGGUUUAGAAGUAUCAGCACAGGGGUUGGGCUGCUUUGGCAUGACUGCCCCUUUUGGCCCUCCCAAGCCCGAAAAUGAAAUGAUCUCCCUCAUUCACCAUGCUGUUUCCAAGGGCAUUACUUUUCUUGACACCUCUGAUCUGUAUGGUCCUCACACUAACGAAAUUCUCCUUGGAAAGGCAUUAAAGGGAAUAAGAGAUAAAGUUCAGUUAGCUACCAAGUUUGGGGUAACCUUUACAGAUGGGAAAUUGAACAUUCAUGGAGAUCCUGCAUAUGUUCGUGCUUGCUGUGAAGCGAGUCUGAAGAGGCUUGAUGUGGAUUGCAUUGAUCUUUAUUACCAACAUCGAAUUGAUACCAAAACACCCAUAGAAGUUACUAUUGGAGAAAUGAAGAAACUAGUUGAAGAGGGGAAAAUAAAAUAUAUUGGACUCUCUGAGGCUUCUGCAUCCACAAUUCGAAGAGCCCAUGCUGUUCAUCCCAUUACAGCAGUUCAAAUAGAAUGGUCUGUGUGGAGCAGGGAUGUGGAGGAAGAAAUUGUUCCUACUUGCAGGGAGCUUGGUAUUGGAAUUGUGGCAUAUAGUCCUUUAGGUCGAGGUUUCUUCUCCUCUGGGGCAAAGAUUGUUGAAAACUUAGACGAUCAAGAUUUUAGAAAGUUUUUGCCAAGGUAUGUAGGAGAAAACCUUGAAAGGAAUAAGGUUAUAUUUGAGACACUAUUAUCAAUUGCUUCAAGAAAAGGGUGUACCCCAGGGCAACUUGCACUUGCUUGGAUUCAACACCAAGGAAAUGAUGUUACAUCAAUCCCAGGGACAACCAAAGUAAAGAACUUUGAGGAGAACAUUGGCGCUCUUUAUGUAAAGUUGACAAUUGAGGAGAUGAAAGAAAUAGAAGACACAGUGUCUUCUAAUGGUGUCUAUGGAGAUCGAUACCAUGACAAAGAUUUUACAUGGAUCAAUUCGGAAACACCUCCUUUGUCUUCAUGGAAAGGGUUAUAAGUAAUUUUGAUUGUACUAUUUUUAUACAUGACUAGUUAUAUGUUUAAGAUAAAUAUAAGUGGAUUUUACUUUUUUUUAAAUAAGGAAAUAUUAUGUCAAAGAGGAUGCCUAAAGUAUAACAUGGGAAGUUUGAUUUGAUUACACAUGUAUUUCUCAAAAGACAACCUUGUAUAAUGCACAUUAGUUGUAUAGAGAUAUAUAAAUAUUUUGUUUGAUAGAUUUUCAGCAAAGUAUAUUUUAAAAAACGUGUAAUAAGUAAAACUAUCUGUGUUUUCAAGA